AUGGUCGAGCUCGGAGGAAACGGACCGCAUUCGCAGUCGUUCGACAACUCGGUCUUUAUCAUUCCCGCCAUCGUCAUCGUCGGAAUCGUCGGUAAGCGGAGAAGACGAUUCCGGAUUUUCAGCACAUUAAAAGAGAAAAAGAUUCAUUACAAAAAGUUCUCAGAGAAUCGCACAACAAAUCACAGCGGUUUCUUUCCGUUCGAUCGGUUUUUGCUCGGCUUCGACGACAUAAACCUCCUCGGUCACCACAAUAUUUCCAUCUUUUUCCGAAUUUUUCAAGAUUUGCUGAAAAUCGAAGGAUUCGUGUAAAAACGGGAAUAUUCGAGACCUCCGGCUUCAUUUUCAAUUUUUCGUCACUUGGCAUGUCGGAGAAUGAUCAAAAGUUCAAUGUGGGGCGUCGGAGCGAGAAGGGCCUAAUAAUUGGAUUCAUGCCUUCAAGGCAAAUAUAAAACAAUUGCGUUUCUUUUUUCUGCAAUUUUUAGUGUUAUUAGUUAGAAAAUGGCCGAUCUGAAAUCUUUUAUAUCAAUUCCAAAAACAUGAAAAAAAACUAGUUGAGGCUCGACACCUAUUGAAGAAUGAACUUUUCAGUGUACGCAUUGGUGAAACUCCGCGAGCAGGCUCUCGAAAGACAAGAAAAGUUGCGAUCGUCCCGUCAGCGACGAGAGGAAAAGAAGAAGAGCAAGUAAUCGAUAUCGAUCGGAAGCCGCCCGCCUGCCCCGAAUGCCGUUCAGUUUUCCAUUCCAAAGCUAUGACUAAUCCCACCGCCUUUUUCUGGGUUUUUUGUAUUUGCUGUGUAGCAUUUCUAUUUUUUUGACCAUUUCUUCCGAAUAAACGUCUCUCUGGUGUCUCCGUUCUCUGCCGUUGCCAUGGUGAUCCGCUCGCGUGCGGGUUCUUUUGAGCACACGCUUUCUUCUUCUCAUUCUCGGCUCAAAUGUCCCUUUUCCGAUUGGUUGAAUGGGUCAAUCAGACGAUUCCGACCGCUUCCGCCAUUCUCAACGCUUCUAUUUUUCAGGAAAGAGGUAUUUGUUUAGAAAAUCCAGCGGAAAUGCUUUAAAAAUCGUUAAAAUGCAUGCAUAACGACACUUUAUUCAAAAAAAAAAACGCACACAAACCACUCAUUUUCCCAAUUUUGAACGCCGGAUCGCUAGGCCACGCUCUUUUUGCGCGCAAAGUAUAGCCGGGCGCGGAACCCGCGAACUGUCGGCUGCGCCAUAUGCAUAUCUGCCGGCGCACCGGAUCGGUUCCGACAGCUUCUCUAUUAUAGGGGCACCGGACAGAAAGGGCGCGCUAUUGAGAAGAGCCCGCGAAAACCUGGGGGACUCUAAAUUUGAAUGAUGUGAGAAGAGAAAGUUAGUCCGCGGCCACGUAGGCUGCUGCAGAAAUUUUUGUUUUCCUUCUGUUUUUCGUUGUCUUUUUAAUAAAUCGAUUGUGUUCUCACCUUUUUCGUAGUGAAUUUAAGUAAUUUUUUAUUUUUCAUGUAUAGAAUUUCUAUAAAAAGCUAUCGCAGUCGAAAAAUGGUGCACGUCGUCAAUGUUUUCUCUUAUUUUCCGCAAACUGUUGAUUGAAUCUGUUUAGAAACGCAUAUUUCGAACAUGAAAAAGAAACAAUUAAUUAAAUUCACUACGAAAAAGGUGAGAACACAAUCGAUUUAUUAAAAAAAACGAAAAAACAGAAGGAAAACAAAAAAUUUCUGCAGCAGCCUACGUGGCCGCGGACUAACUUUCUCUUCUCACACCAUUCAAAUUUAGAGUCCCCCAGGUUUUCGCGGGCUCUUCUCAAUAGCGCGCCCUUUCUGUCCGGUGCCCCUAUAAUAGCUAAAUACGGACGGAAUGGGUACACAGAUUGAGGCGAUUGCGAAUUACAGUAGCAAUCCAGAUUCGGGUGAACGACCCUCCGCAAUCAAUUUUUGGAGAGGGACCUGUAAAUGGGUCACGGAAGACUGCCAUCGACUAAAAAUUCAUUUCUAUUUCAGAUCAACUGAUAGUCGGAUGCGAAGAUGGUCAGAUUAUCGUGUUGGAUCCGGGAUUCAAAGACAAUAAUGUACCUGACGAAGAAGCUUUGUAGAAUACUUUCUCAUUUCAGAACCACGUGCUGGUCACUCUGCAGACAGAAUAUCCCGUUUUGCAACUGGCAUUCGGCGACUUUCUCACCGAUUUGAAAGACAUUUUGGCGGUUUUGUCGCCCAAAAAAUUAAUUUUCUAUAAAGUUCGAUAUGGCAAGUGAAAAGCCGUGUUUCUUUCGGUACCCUCGCUGAAAAGUAAAUUUGCAGAGCACGCGGAAGACAGCGAGGCGCUUCUGGAAGAGCUCUUCUCGCACUCUCUGCAGACGUCCGCGUGGAACAUGUGUCUGAUCGGCACGGAGCAGGGCAUGCAGGACAUUCUGGUCCAGUCGAUCGACUGCAAACUGUCGUUGUUCCACGGCGACCAGCGGGUGUUCGAACAGCUGCCCCUCAGGGCUCUUCAUCCGGGCCCCAUCGGCUACUGCUCCACCACUCAAACCCUUUUCGUCGCCAACAACGGAUUCCUCGCCGCCAUCAAACUCAGUCUUGUGAGCAGCGGAAAACAGAAGCGAGUCAAUGUGCGUUUCGCUUUUUUUUUGCCGUUUCAGAAGUUUUUGAAAUUUUGGUAGGGCAAAGGUUUCGUCAGUUAAAGAAAACAAAGGUUUGCCUAACUUUGACGGGAUCAAAGUUACGCUUUGUCAAAAAAAGAAGUGUUAAUUGAAAAAUAGCAUUCUUGGAAAAAUUUUAAGGAUUUUUGGGGGUACAUGACAAAGGAACCCCCAAAUUGGAAAAAUCUGAAAAAAUCUGAAAAAUUCUGAAUAGCACGCUCAAUUUUUUUGGUCAGAAUUUGGCCGAAUUUUUUUGCUUUUUCACUUUUUCAGCAAGUUUCGGAUAAGCGGAAGAAAAUUCAAAUAUGAUGGGGGGUCAAACAAGCACUUCGAAAGCACUUUGAAACGUUCUGGAAAAUCCAAAAAAUUCGGGAAAAUUCUGAAAAAAAUCGAGAGUGCUUUUCAGAAUUUUUCUGAUUUUUGAGAAUUUUUUCAGAAUUUUCCAAGUUGGGGGGUAAUAACUUUCUCUUGUGAGAGAGACUUUAAGAGAAAGUGGCACGCCUCGUUCUCCUUUCGUUUCCGUUUGAUAACACUUUGAAACCGACAAUAUCUUCUCUUUUUUUCCAGUUCGACUGGUCGUUCAACCUCGGCGACACGGCAAUCGAGAUGGAAGUGACCGAGGGACUCCGCCCACUCACGAUCAUCCUCUGCCGUCGCCACGUGUCGGCGUUCAAUCAGAACGGCGAAGUCGUGUGGCAAAUCAGACUGGAGGCCGUCGGAAUGUCCAUGUGUCUCUACAAGAGUCUCCAGAUCAGUGAGUCUCCCUUUCGUGCCAAAAAAAACAUCACUUUUAAGGCCCUGGCACAGUACCCAAAUAGGAGUUUUUGCAGACAACACGCAAUUCAACCGUCUCAUAAUCGCCACCACCGACGACACUCUGCUCGUAUUCCGCGACAACAAACUCGUGUGGAACUGCAACGCGCAGAUGUCGCCCGUCUCUCUCCGCGUCUGCUCCUACAAGUACGUCUUUUCAGAGUCCCCCCCCCUCCCGAGAAAAGCGUUUCGCCCCACCCAUUUGCAGCAAAGCCUACGAGAAUACGAUCACUCUUUUGUCGGCCGACGGUCGCAUCGUCGUCGGGUAUCUGGGGACGGAGCCGAGUCUGUACAAGGUGCCGGUGGACAAGUUCAUUGUGAACUACGCGGAACGCAUCGAGCAGUUCAAGGCGUUGGAGCAGAAGAUCAGAGAAUCGGAUGAGGGCGGCGCCGGCGGACGCAGCGACGGCAUUCGCAUGCGCAUCUCCGUCGGAGAAAUAGGCAAGAGGACUGUGAGUCGGGCAACUAUUUAUUGUAUGCAGCACGGUUGCCGGGGGCCCACGGCGACCAAAAGUGUAGAAAGGGGCGUGGCCUAAUCUGAGACGCGUUUUCUGAAAAUUGCCGCAAUUCCAGCACACUUUUCCGAUAUUUUUGUGUUUGAUAUCGACGAAAGAAGACAUUAGUGAGAGAAAAUAUCGAAAUUUUCGUGAAAACGCCGCGUUUGAGACGUUUUUUGCAUCAUUCGCAAUAGGCUCUCCGCGGCCAAUCGCCGCCGAAAUUUCGGAAUUUUCAUACCGGCCGAUGUGGAUAGUUUUGAGACGAAGUGAGUGUCGGAAGUGAUUAAGCACACGUUAAUACAAGUAUUUUAAGCGUUCAAACGGCAAAAAGUAUCGGCGAAUGACUGAAAUUCGCGCAUUUUCAGCACAAAACUUGAAAAUCGAUUCAAUUGAUUCAUUUCUGAAUAAAAACCUGCUCGUUUUAAGCUCAAAAAGUGCGCGAUGAUUAGUUUAACAAAGUUAUGCAAUUACAUCGUCGAAAUCGUACAAAAUUUGGGAAAUUUUUGACGAAAAACAUGAAAAAUGGGGUUAAUUUUCGAAUUUCGCGUCAAAAUGAUGAUAAACGGCGCACGCUAGGCCACGCCCCCAUUUCAACGUUUUUGGUCGCCGUGGGGGGAGCUAUCAAAAAGCGGUCAACGGAGAAAAUGUGCGCAAUUUCAAAAUGAGUAUUUUGUUAGUUGACAACUUUUUGAUAUCUCCACGAACAAAUGAGAUAUAUCGUUUUGAAUGGACGGUAUUGGAGAAAAAGGAAAAUGAGAAAAGUAUGCAUUCACAUUUGGUCCUCUGUAAAGUCUUCAGUCUAGUCAGUCAUAUUAUUGUUUACCUCCUGAUUUUUUAAAAGUAUUUUUUAAAAAGUAUCUGAACGUUAUUCUGGAAGCUCCAUAAAACGAUUUUCAAACAGAAAACAUGUUCGGUUUCAACAAAAAUCCAAAAAUGUUCUGAUUCUUUUUUCAGUAUUGUCAUAGAUGGCUCAUCAAACUUUUGCUUUUUGCAGAUCGAACCGAACGCGGCGAACAAUGCUCCGUUCUGCAUGGUAAAUGUCGAGUUGUCCGAGUUGCAAAGUGUCCAGAAACUGCAACUGAACGUGCUGUCAGAGUGCGCGUGCCCUUCCAAACAAAUCGUGCUCAACAGUCCCUCUUCUCGUAAGCGUCCUUUGCUUUUUAAAAACGAUAUAUCUCAUCAGCCAGUGGAGAUAUGAAAAAGUUGUCAACUGAAAAAAUGUUCAUGGAGAAAUUUUGUACAUUUUAUCAGUUGGCAACUUUCCGGUACCUCCACCGGCAGCUGAGAUACAUCGUCUUGAAAUGUCAACAGUAAUUUUCCAAUCUUUCCAGAAUCCUCGACCACUAUUCAAAUCCCAUUUUACGUGGGAAAUAAAAAACCGCCGACCAGCAACCGGGUCACAAUCUCCGCCCAUUGCUACGCCAGUCAGAGUAAGGAAAACCAUUUUGGGACCAUUUUGCGUUUAUUUCAUUUUCAGUGUACUGUAUCGCUUCCGUCGACUUGCCAUUCAAAAUACUGUUCGAAGAGACGCAAGUGGACCGAAAUGCUCGUUUUAAAGUGACUAUUGACACGGCCGGAGCGGUACUUCCGCUCAACAAACUGUUCACUGGUAGGGCACUUUAAUUUGGGGGUUAUAACUCGAGAAUGACGGGUUUUUGUGUGAAGAAAUCAAUUGCAAAGUUGUAGAGUAUAACAUUUGCAACAAGUUUUCAGUUGACAACUUUUUGAAAUAAUUAUUGGUUCUCGAGAUAUGAGCCUAAAGAUUAAAAAGUAUUCGAUGAUUUUUGAAAGUAUUUAUCUCGAAGACUAUUGAUUAUUUUGAAAAGUGGUGUUGUACAAAAAUGUUGGAAAUUGUGAGCUCAAUAACUUUUGUGUUGACCAUGCUUUCUUAAAACCUCUCAUUCUCGAGGUAUGGGCCAAUUUCUAAACAAUGGAAAUCAAAGAUUUUAUCCAAUUUCAGAGUACGGAUCGGAAAAUCCGCAAGCGAUCGGAUUCACCCUUCACGGAACCGACAAGACCGUCUCGAUUUUCGCUGCCAACAAAUCAAGUGAGCCACGUUUUUGAUGAAACGAUUCUUAGGCACUGAAAAUCUUCUAGAACUCUUCACAGAUUAAGGAAAAGUGAAAAACGUUGGAUUUGUGUUGCAGACCGAUAUCGUAUCCAAUCGGAGCACAUGAGUCUGCUGCAAGUGGCCGCCCAGGAACUAGUGCAACGCAUUAAAAAAGAGGCAGACGGGAUGGAAAUCGGCGGGAAUAUUCCGUUCGAAUACAUCAGAGACACCCUCGAAUCCAUUCAGGAGGUACGCCGAAAAAUUAGGGGUGGUAGAGUGCUCGCCUGCCCGGUCGAUGCACCAUGUGCGGGACUGGGUUUAUUGUUACAAUGGAAUGGGGUUAUUCAGGCUGUUAAAAAAAAUGAUUUUUUUUCCCGUUUUUUUACGCCAAAAAAAAUCCAAUUCAGCGAUGUAAAAAAACGAAAAAAAACGGAAGACAAACAUACGCUGAAUAGCCCCAUAAAAUUUUAAUUUGCGGAAAGUGCGGUGUGGGCAUCACGGUCUCUAGAGCUCCGUUUGAAGGUUUUUCGCUAAAACUGCGAGAAUUUCAGUUGCUUUUCGGUAGUUUUCGCGGUUCGAGCGCUCAAAAUGCUUGUAUUUACGUGUUUUAUCAUUCUCAAAACCAAUUCUGUCUGAAAACGGUCAAGAAAGCGCAAAAUGAGAAGGCGGCGAAGGCGAAAAAGCAAAGUCGGCGAAAAAUGCGCCAAAACGUCAUUAAUUCUGUGAGAAUUAGUGUGUUUUCAUGCCGAACAAUCAUUUUUCAUCGCCUUUGACCAAAAAAAUCAGAGAAAACUUGCUCAAUUCAUGAAUUAAAACGCCAUUUGGCCGCCGAGGCCACGCCCAUAUUGUCAGCUCUGGAGACCGUGAUCAUCGAUAAAAGCACACGCCGUUUGAGAAAAGGCACGAUGCAAUCAUCUGUUAAAUGAUCAUCUCUUUCCUUUUGCGCGGGCAAGUAGCUAAAGAUUCCCCAUUUAUUCCCCCCAACUCCGCCACAUCUCCUCCCUCUUCUUUUUUCUCUCCUCUCUCUCUCUUCUCCACGUUAAAAAUAAACGUAAAUAAAUAAUAAUAAUAAUAAUAGUCUGAUACAAAUGUCACUGUUUUCAUGUCAGUUGGAAGCGAAACGGAAAGAGGACUCGAAGAAAAUGGACAAGUUGGCGAAAGAGGUGCGGGCGAUCGAGGCGCUUUCGCUCAACUCGUGCAAGACCGGAAACAUGACGAACCUGGCGUCGCUCGACGCGCUUUUCGAUAAAUCCUACAGAGAGGUACGUGAAGGCCACAAAAUCGGUUUGGAAGAAUUAUGACGAGAGACCACAGUUCACGGUGGGCGGGGCGUGAAAAUGUUUCCACCGAAAGUUCAGUAAAAAUUAAGAAACACAAAAAAGGCUGUAAUUCGAGAAGUGCGGAUCAUUUUCAAAAAAAAAUCUCUGAAACUGUCAAUUUAUGCAUCUUGCUAAAAUUUAAAAAAGAACAUUGUUUUCAAAACAGAAAAAUGAGCCUUUUUCAUGGUAUCUAUUCAAUAUCAUUUUCUGUUUCAAACAUUCCCAAGAAACAAUUCCUCUUCAAUAUUUUUCUAUUCUCUUUUUUGUUUCAAUUGCUUCAAAUUUUGCAGUUGCUCGACGUAAUGGACGACUACAAUACUGUUUCGGCGCACAUUGACACCGAAAAAUCGGCAUUGAGUCUGUUUUUUCUUCAAAAUUCAAAUAUUUCCUUUUUUCUAGAUUCCCUCUUCCAAUUGGCUCAGGAUUUGUCGAAAUUACAAAAAGUGGACACCAUUUUGAACGGAUAUUUUUGGACGAACACACAGCAGGUGGGAUUUUUUUGAGCGGCACGAAACAUUCGGAAAUUAUUUCAACUAUUUGCAGUCGCUGCGGGACCGUCUGUGUUGGGCGGUGCGUGUGGAACGGGGCAACGAAAUGGCGCUCAUCGAGAAGCUAUGUGAACAUUCGCAAAAAGAGCUGCCGAAGAUCAAAGAGGAAGAGGAGGGCGAGGGAUCAGCGGAGACAAAGGAAUAA